UGGCAGUCCCUUGGAAUUGACCGAGUUUCAGCAGCAAAUCGGGAAGACAUUUCUGAUCAUUCUAGGAGUGAACUUGCUGCUGAUUGGCUUUUACUGGAGAAAGUACGGGAGGAUAAUCACCGAUCGGUUCAUUCGUCCCAGUACCGCAAAGGAGAUAGAAGAACUAAAACUAUCUGUAGCAAGACUGAAGCUACCGAAAGAACACAGUCCUAGGAUAUAAAUUAGGGUACCACAAAAAUGUCCAACAAGCUGAAAAAAUUCAUCGCCAAGCAGAAGUUGAAAUUUGGCGCUGCUGGCUCAGGGCGUAAGCUCAACUCCGAAGUCCCACAGCCAAGUUCAUCCCAGAAGACGCAUUCGUCUUCUAAGAAAGACGUCUACGUCCCACCGAAGCGGAAAGAACUGUCCGCAGAAGCUAAGGCUGCUGCGGAGGCAGCCCUAUCCCGUGUGCAGCAUACCGAUAGAAAGGAAUUCAACACUUCGUUGGCGGCAAUCAAGGCACAAGUUCGCCGAGAGUUGGAAAGUGAACGCCAGGCAAAGGAACAGGCUGUGCAAGAAGGAUCCAGCGGAGACAACAUUCCAGAUAACGAGAGAAAAGACCUGGCGGUGCAAGGGGUAUUUUUCCAAUGUCCGCUGAUCAGUGAGGAAAUUUUGCCCCGUAAAGAAUGGAAAGUCAAGAUCAAAGACUUCCUAUACCAACAAAUGGAACACGAGAAGGGUCUGUCAGCUUGCCUAAUAGUGUACAAUUGUAAUCCCAAAGAAAAGUACGAGCCUUGUGUGGAAACGCUUAUAAAAUGUUUGGAAAAUAUACACAACAACCCUAACGAGGAAAAAUACAAGAAAAUUAGGAUGAACAACAAAAUGUUUUGCGAAAAGAUCAAGGUGUGUGAAGGAGCCGUAGACUUGUUGCAUGCGGCUGGCUUUGCAGAAAUCACAUUAGAUGACGAGCCUUAUCUUAUUUGGUCGGAGGAAAACAUGGAAGCCGAAACAACUCUCCAGAGUCUGAUCGAAGCGCUAAAAUGCUCCGAGCCCAUUCAUCUGGAAUUGGAUCGCAACAUCCAGGUGCUGCUCCCAUCGCAGGUUCGUAGGACGAAUCUUCCGGAUGAUUUCUACCGCAUAUCAGUGGAAGAAAUCAAACGUGAACAACAACGACGUACGCAAGCGAUGGAAGAUGCGCAAAUACUGAAAACCAAAGCGAUGCGUGAGAAGGAAGAACAACGAGUCAUGAACCGUUACAAGUUCACGUUGAUCAGAGUGCGUUUCCCGAAUGGAGUUUUCCUGCAGGGCACAUUCAACGUCUAUGAAAAACUGUCCCAGGUUUAUGAGUUUGUCCAGUCCUGCUUGAUGCACGAGGCGUCGGAGUUUGUGCUGAUCUCAUCAACCGAGCAACGAUUCACGGAGGCAGACCUCGAUAAAUCGUUGUACGAUCUGAAGCUGAUUCCAACGAUUCUAUUCAAUUUUAGUUAUGAAAACGAUUCCCAACAGCUAAGUGAUUAUUUGAAAGAAGAACUUAUGCUUCUAAUUCAAUCUAUUUAGGAUGUUAUUUUUGUUUUGUUUUAUUAAUUUAUGUUUUUUUUUGCAGCCAAAAUUGUGCGUACCAAUUUAUAUUAUUUAUUAACCACACCAUGAGAGGCAGUUGAAUAAAAUAUUACAAAAUAAAAAA